UAUGAUUCUGCUCUUAUGACCGUCAUCAAUGGUAACACUGCCGAACACUUGGAUAUGAUUGGAAGUGAGGUGAUUCAGCGCCUUCUUGCAGAUAAGUGGAAAGCCUUUGCCAUGCGAAAACUGAUUGAACGUCUGGCGCUACUUAUAGUGCAGUUGGUCACUUUGUCCAUUGUUGUGUAUGUGCGGCCCACUGAAACAGAGCGCUUAUAUAUGAUUCAGCCGGAGUGGGACGAUUGGUACCUUGUUGUUAUGAAUCCAAGAGGAGACACCGAAGAAGUAAUUGUUAUUUCGACAAAAUAUUUGCAAUUGUAA